AGAUUGAACCCCCACCAAAACCCUAACCCUAACCCUAAAAUCUCACAUCUUUUCACCACCACCACCAAAUAUGGCCAAAAAGAAACCUACCCGUCUUUCUCAACCCCUCAAACAAGACGUUUCACAGGUCAAUUCCCAUUCUCAUGACAUGACUCGUCAACCAUCCACUAUGGAAGACACUGAAGAGAAGCUCCAGAACUUGAAAUCCCUCAACUCUAUGCUUCUUAAAGAAACCCUUGAGCGCAGACAGCAAGUUGAGUCGUUGAUGCAAGCUAAAGAGGGUUUAGAGUCUCAGUUGGCUCGGACUGGUGCAGAGAUGGGUGAUUUGGAAAAUCUGUUGACUCGGGCAACUGAGGACAGACUCAGUUUGGAGAUAGAAAAUACUUUGUUUUGUGUUGUUAUUAGGAUGAGGAUGAAUGAGAUGGGAGUUGUUGUAGAGGGCCUGGUAAAUGAGAAGGCAGAGAAAGAAAAUGAGAUUGGGUUUUUGAAGACUGAGGUGAAUGGGAUACUGGCUAAUCUUGAAAAUGAGAGGGAGAAAUCGAGCAGGGUUUGUAGAGAGAGGGAUUUGUUGAGGUUUGAUAUGGAUAACUGGGAGAAGGAGGCAAAUCGGUUGAAGGAGAAAAUUAUUGAAAUGGUGGAGAAGGAAAUAAAGACUGAAGAGGAAAUUGAGAAAUUGAAGAUACAUUAUGCUAAGUCGAUUGAACAAAAUAAGAAAACAGAGGAAGAAAUUGAGAAGGUUAAAGAUUUAAGAGAUUUAGCUGAGAAGAAAUUGGCGGAGAAAGUAAAAGAGAUUGAAGGUUUAAACAGGGAGAUGAAGGAGAUUGUAAGGAAGAACACUGGGAUUGAAAUGGAAAACAGUGAGCAAAAGCUUAAGAUUACUGAAUUGGAAAAAGAUGCAUCUGAAUUGAAUGAGAUAAUAUUGAGUUUGCGAAAGGAGGAGGGUGUUUUGCGUGAAAAAGUCUUGGAAUUGGAGAAGAGUUGUUAUGAGGCAAUAGAGAAAGCAAAAGUAAUAGCAAUGGAGUUUGAUGCUUUGAUGGAUGAGAAGCAAAAUAAGGAAAGAACUAUUGAAAGUUUAAUGGAGCAAACGGAUUCAAGCGACAAGCUUAUAAAGACUUUGAAGUUUGAGGUGAAAGAAAAGGAUGGAUUGAUUGAGAAAUUGAUGAGAAAGAAAGUAGAGUUGGAUGAUGUGAAACUUAGUAAGGAGAGUGAAAUUGUGAAGUUGCAUGAGGAGUUGGCUGGAUUUAGGGAUGCUAUGUUUGCAAUGCAAGAAUCCAUCAAAAAUCAUGAAGACAAGAACAAGCAGCUAGCAUAUGAAGUUAACCAUCACAGAGAUGCUUUCGAGCGAGUGAGAGUUGAGAGGGAGAAUACCCAGACUAAUUUGGAUGAGGAGAAAAAGAAUACCAUUAACCUCAAGGCUAAAGUUCUGGAAAUGGAGAAGAGGAUUGAAGAGACUUUAGAUGAGUUUGCAAAGGUGAAGAAUGAGCGUGAGAAUCUGUUGGAACAGAAGAAGGAAAUGGAAUGCCAGGUUGAUUUGUUGAAGAAGGAAAAGGACCUGGUGCAAAGGAAUCUUUAUGAGGCUCAACAAGAAAUUAAUGAUUUGAGGACUAAAAUGGAAUCAACUACCAUUAAUUCAGAAAGAGCGCUUUCCAUGUUGAAGAACGCCUCAGCAUUAAUAUGUAGAUCAGAUGAUGGGGAGGAAGAAGUAACCAUUACUCAAAAGAAACUUGAUGGUGUUACUGAACCAUAUGCAACAGAGCUGGAAUCUAUCAAAAGUGCAUUUAGAAAGAAGGAGACAGUGGUGGAGGAGAUGAAGCAGCAACUGAAAUUCCUGCAAAAUUCUCUGACGGAUGCACAUAAGAAGAAGGGCUUAUGGGCCAUAGUGUCUUCAGCAACAACAUUUUUGGCUGCGGUCUCUGUUGCUUAUGCUGCUAGAGUACGUUGAGCUUUUCGGUUUAGUUGUCAACCUUUUGUUUCUGGGCAAGGCCUCUUGCUAAUGCAUUAAGUAGUGGUUAAUCAGCUUCUAAUUGAGGGCAAAACCAUAUUAUUCUGGUACUUGCUCGACUUAUGCUUAAGAAAAUAGUGUUUUUCAAUUGUCAUUGCAACCUGAGAUAAGGUUUUCAAUUGUUGUUUACUUAUGAUC